AUGAUACAGGUGGUAAAUCUACAAGCGGAACUCUCCUAUUUCCAAGCCCACCUAGCAACACUAGAAGGUCCAACUCCUCUACCACCCCCGGCAACACAUUCAACAGCUCUGCCACAUGGAAUAACCAUUAAUGACCUCCCAACCGCCACAUCACUCCUUGGUUCCUAUGACCUCUCGUCACUUCUUGAACCCAUGGUGCCACCUUCAUGGACCACACAACCAUCGAUCAUGAGGCAAAUGGAUCCUCGUCAAUUCAUGAGUGGUAGCGCCACCAGAGCUCUAGCAGACAUGCCACCAUCACAGGGUGGCACUAGUGACCUACAAGAGCUUGCUAGAGAACUUCUACAGAGGCCAAGUAGUGUUAGCUCAGUUCCAUGCAAAACCGAAGGCUCAUCUUUGCCUCCACAUAAUAGAUGA